AUGGUUCAUGGGCGCACUUUCCUUCACGUUAUUGCAGGUCUGCUUAUGGUUGGCUUGUCUGUUGCGACAAAAAAGGAAGCAGUGAAAAACAACUCAGGGGUUCAACCAGCAGGACAGUGUGGAACAUGGGUGAAAAAACCAGAGGGAGGACUCUUCACAUCCCCCAAUUACCCCAACAAAUACCCACCAGAGCGAGAAUGCAUUUACGUUAUUGAAGCUCCCCCAAGACAGUGUAUUGACCUCUUUUUUGACGAGAAGUACUCAAUAGAGCCUUCGUGGGAAUGUAAAUUUGACCACAUUGAAGUGCGUGACGGACCUUUUGGCUUUUCUCCGAUUAUCGGACGCUACUGUGGCCAGCAGAGCCCACAGUAUAUCAGGUCAAGCGGCCGAUACCUCUGGAUAAAAUUCGUAACAGAUGGUGAACUGGAAGCAAUUGGAUUUUCAGCGAACUAUAACUUCACCACAGAUCCUGACUUUAAAGACAUUGGAGUCCCCAAGCCUCUUCCCGCAUGUGAGUUUGAGAUGAGUGGACCUGAAGGUAUCAUUGAAUCACAGCAGAUCAUCAGAGAUGCUAAAGCUUUACAAACGGAGGCCGUGGACUGCAAGUGGUUCAUCCGAGCUCCUCCCCACUCUAAGAUCUACCUGCGGUUCCUGGACUAUGAGAUGCAGAACUCAAACGAGUGCAAGCGAAACUUUGUGGCUGUGUACGAUGGCAGCGGUUCUGUUGAGGAUCUGAAGUGUAAAUUUUGUAGCACAGUGGCUAGUGACGUGACAUUGAGAACUGCACUGGGUGUUGUGCGUAUGUGGGCUGAUGAGCACAGCCGCCGCAGCCGCUUUCGCAUCCUCUACACCACGUUUAAAGAGCCUCCCUGCGAUGCUGAGAUGUUCUUCUGCCACAGUAACAUGUGCAUCAACAACUCACUGGUGUGUAAUGGCAUCCAGAACUGUGUGUAUCCAUGGGAUGAAAAUCACUGCAAAGAGAAAAGAAAAGCAAACAUCCUAGACAACCUGAACAACACUAACAGUAGCAUCAUUGGUGUGACAUGCUGCAUCGUCCUCGUCCUCCUUGUCGUCUCUGUGGCAGUGCAGAUAAAGCAACCGCGGAAGAAGUAUGUGGUGCAGCGUGAUGACUUUCAAGAAGUGUUCCAGGAAACGCCUCGGCGCUAUGACCUUGGUGACAUUGCUGACCUUACAGACGAUGUUGAGACGACUUUCCAGAAGCGCUGUGUUCAUGAGCACCAUUGUGGCCGUGCAAAAUCUGCAGGCUUGAUGGAUCCGCAUCAUCACCACCACCAUUAUCAUCACCAUCACGAUAACCGGCGCAACAUCGUGGUCAUGAAGCACAGCUACUCGCAAGAAGAAGCAGAGAUGGAGGAUGAGCUCGAUGAGGAGGUGCCGACCACCAGCCACCGACUGGCCAGACACGACAAAGCAGUGCAGCGGUUCUGCCUCAUUGGGUCUCUAAGCAAACACGAAUCAGAGUACAACACAACUAGGGUGUAGGAGACGAUCAGGAGGUAAGAGCUACUGAAAAGCAUGAUAUAAAUCAUUUCUUGAAUAUAGUAUGCAGUCAUUGUGAGUCAGUGUGGUUUGCUUUUGUUUUUACCACCUGAAUGUUGCAUCAUUUUGCUUGCUGGUAAA